AAUUGAGCUCACCACCGCGUAUUCUACCUAGGUAUCCCGGGAUAAAUAAUCGCCCUCCUACCCAUUUGUGUCCGGUGCAUUUUCCUAAUGGCUCUAAUCUAAUUCAGACGAGCCCGCGUCCCGCACCUAUCGUGCACGAGCCCUCAAUCACUUAUCCUUCACCAGCAUGUGCAAUCCAUCCGAACCAUCACUUAGAAGGCAAUAUGUCUCAGGGGCAGCAAGCCACACUUGGUCUGGCCGCGUAUGGAGCCGCUUUGGACACUCCGGCUGCCUAACGCCGCAAUUUCCUAUCGUUGGCUCUUCUUCAUGCAGCUCAGCCGCGCAGCUUUAAUUACAUGGCACCAUACGGACAGGCUGCUCUGCUCUUCGAGCUCCGGCACCUAUAAAACCUACACAUACGACACUAUGUAACCAAGCUACGUAAUCAUGCCAAGGGACUUCUUGGAUAGGUUGGGUCUCCGUCCCAAACCGGGCGUUCCUGCGCUGUGGGGUGAUAUCUCUAAAGGCUUGGGAGAGCGCAUGGAAAGGCCUUUCGAAAACGAUCCGGAUUCUGAUUUCAUUACCGAGGACAAUCUCUGGACAUUAUGGACCGCUGAAAACCCCAACGGAACUGGCAGCUUCUUCUCGAGGCUUAUAGAUGAGCUCCGCCUGAGCGACGACGAAAAGAUAGCCAGCCUUCGCAAGAGUCUCAAAACAAUAUCCAUACUCGCAUGGAUAGGAUCGUUCCCGAACAAUCUUUCAAGUCUUCCCUUUACUGAUACAGAUCUGCCACUGACAGAGGAGGAUCUCACGACCCAUUUCUCUCGUUCGGAAAAAAAUGGGGAGUUUGCGCGACAACAGUUUCGGUUUUUACCCAUCCAGUUAUGUGUAUUACCUAAAAGCCAGCCAAAGGACGAGAUGCAGAAAUAUGCUCGUCUUCCUUUUUCUCUCAAGACGGUCGUGUACGGUAACAAAGAUAGCAAAUCGACGGUUUCCAUUGGGUGGAUCGCAAAUGGAUGCUUGAAACACAGACCCGAUAGGCAGCCAAUACAAAUCGAGCAAUAUCGCCUAUUUGCUGUGAAGAAGCACAGCAUCAGGGAUUACUUUCAUUCCGAGGUGACGAACCUUCAAAGACUUCGGUCGGCUACGCAACCACACCCAAACGUCGUUCUCAACAUUGCGGCAAUUAUUGCCGACAACUGCGGCCUUUUAGUCUUUGAUGCUGCACACUGCGACCUUGAAGAUUUGUUAUUGCUCUCCGAAAAAUGCAGGGUCGGGACCCUCAAACCAACAGUCCUGAUCAACAAUGCCCACGAAAUUGCCAAAGCCCUUGCCUGGUGUCACCUUGGCAUCACAGAGAUAGGAAAUGGAGUACGCAAAGUUAUUCACGGCGAUUUGAAACCAAAAAACAUCCUCAUUUUUCAUGAGAGCCUGGGCCAAUACACAUGGAAGAUUACGGAUUUUGAAUUCUCACAUAUCUUACAUCGAGCUCCUGGUGAAACAGGGACCGUGCGAGACCUUGUGCCAGGUGUCUACCACGGUCCUGAAGUCCAACCAGGAGGAAGGAUCAACUGCUCUGCGGACAUGUGGUCGUUCGGAUGUAUUAUGCUUGAGAUCCUCGCGUUUGCACGCGCCGGUUCUGAAGGGGUUAGAAAACUUAGAGACACGCGCCGACCCGGGGCAAAAGAGUACGAAUGCCUAUUCUACCAAUUCUCAAACUCAAAGGGGCUAGCUGAGCUGAAACCGGCAUUUUCCGACCUAUUUGAUGAGUGGGAUGAAGAGGGAGUCGAAUGGGUAUGCCAAUGGAAGCUAGUGGCCCUAGGUCUCUUAAAAACUAGGCCAGAACAGCGGAAGACAGCGGAAGAUACCGUAGUAGCCUUGGAAGAGCUCAUCCAGAAGUUCAAUGAGCACAACUGGGUCGAUCGUUGUGGUUGGGUCCCUCCAUAUCGAGACGCACUCGAAAUUAUGGAAAAAAGAGCAACCACGGAGCCGAAUUAUGCAAAGCCUUCAUUUCACAGCCACAAGAUCACGAAGUCUCCCGAAAAGGGGAUCAGCGCUCGAAUCUCUACACUUGGGAAGUUUGCGAUGUUCUGGGUCCGAGACACAGUCUUUGCCCUUGAUGUUGAUCAUCAAACUUGGGCUAUGUCAACACAUUUCAAGGCCAUCGAGAAGUAUAGAAGUUCGUUUGGCGAGGUAAUUGACAUCGAAAUAGCAGAACCUUAUUGCGCAAUAUUGCUGAAAGGACAGAGCGCAAGCCAUUAUCAGCGGAUAUUCCUAGAGCUUCUAAUAGAAAUGACCAAGUAGCAAAACUCCCCCCUGGCCAGACACCUGAAACACCCGGGGAUGCCGCCGAACGCAUCCAAGUUUCGAAAAAUGGAGAUUUACUUGUUAGGUGUCACUC